UUAACACCGUGCUAUUUUGCUUUGCGCGCGUAAUGAGUCAGAGUGAGUAAACCUGUGAUCAAUGCACGCAGCCAGCCUUCAAUCUCUCAUGUGCUCAGUGGGGAAUGAAGAUGAUUAAUGUUCGCUGUUCGCAGUUUGGCGGAUCCCCGGGGCUCAGAAAUACCCCGAGGACCCUCUGACCCAGUUGGGAUCCAGUCCAUUCCUCAUUACGCCCUGUCGGAUGGUCCCGCUGUCUUGGUCAUGUGAUUGUGAUUGCUGUCUGUGUCGAGCCCCCUGACCAACCUCCAGCGAGAGAGGAGAGCAUCCCUCACUCGGGUGGUUACAGAGGGGAGGUGCACCUGUCGAGUGGACGGUCUGCCGCCUAACCAGGACGAAGCUAUUCAGGACAAGUGCGAAAGACUCCCACUCUACGCUUUACAGGCUUGCACGAGGUUAUGGGCACCCUUCGAGACCUCCAGUUUGCCCUGCAACUCAAGAUCGAAGAGCUCCGCCAGAGGGACACGCUCAUAGAUGAGUUGGAACUUGAGUUGGAUACUAAGGAUGAGCUCAUUCGGAGACUGCAGGAAGAACUGGAUCGCUACAGAACCACCGUCUCGCUCCCUGGACCCUCUGCAGUCAGUGCCGCUUGCUCAGCUCAGAUUGAGGACAACCACAGUGCCAAGAGGAACACAAUCAUUUCUGAGCCCCUCAGUCUGGACCCUGUGACUCUCGCCAUGGUUUCACACAGAUGCUGUGACAAAAGUCAAGAGUCUCAGAGGCGGAUCCGUGCAGCGUUUUUGAAAAACGACUUGUUGAAGAACCUUGACGAAGGAGAUAUCAGAGCCAUCAUAGCUUGUAUGUAUCACACCACCAUCGAUCAAGGCUGCCAUGUCAUUCAGGAGGGGGCCGUCGGGGCUCAGGCAUAUGUUUUAGAAGAAGGAAGGCUCGAGGUGACGAAAGACGGACUGAAGGUGCUCACGGUUGAGCCAGAAGACAUGUUCGGAGAGUUGGCGCUCUUCUACAGCUGCACCCACACCUACUCCGUCUCAGCACAGACGGAGAGCAAGCUGUGGGUUAUUGACCGCAGGAGCUACCAAACCAUACUUAUGCAGAGCGCUCUCAGCCGUCUUUCUCAUUCAGUGGAGCUGCUAAGCAGCCUUCCCUUCCUCCAGUCAUUGCCAGAGGAUGUCAUCAUGAAAAUGUCUGAUCUCAUGGAGGAGGCACGUUACGCUGACGGCGACUACAUCAUUCGACAGGGGGCCGCCGGAGACACCUUUUAUAUCAUUAGCAAAGGCCAGGUGAAAGUGACGGAGAAGAAGCCAGGGCAUGAGGAGCAGACGCUGCUUUUUAAGCUCUCUGAGAGAGAGUGGUUUGGUGAAAAAGCUCUGUGGGGAGAGGACAUUCGGACUGCGAAUGUGACGGCCAUUGGAGACGUUACCUGCUUGGUAAUAGACAGAGAGACCUUCAAAGACAUUAACGAUGGGUCUGCACUCGACUGCGGUCGAGAUGAGCCACAAACCAAUAAAUCCAAAUCCGAGUCAGAUGUGGAUCCUGCUCUUCUCUCAUCUUCCACCUUAAGUGAUUUUCAGAUUAUCUGCAGUCUGGGAGUUGGGGAGUUUGGUCACGUAGACUUGGUGCAACUAAGGAGCGACAUUAAGUGUCUCUUUGCCAUGAGGGUCCUUAACAAGAAGCUGAUCCUCAGCAGUGGUCGGAGAGAAUAUGUCCUGAGAGAAGGUCGCAUCCUAAUGGAGGCCCAUUGUCCAUUCAUAGUCAGGCUACAUAAAAUCUUCAGAGAUGAUGAGCAACUGUACAUGUUGACAGAAGCCUGUCUGGGUGGGGAUGUAUUCAGUCUGCUCAAAGACGAAGGCUAUUUCGAGGAAUGCAGGGCCAGGUUUUACACAGCUUGUGUUGUGGAGGCCCUGACCUUUCUUCACUGUCAAGGUGUCAUCUAUAGAGACGUCAAGCCUGAAAAUGUUCUUCUGGAUGAGCACGGUUAUGCCAAACUGACUGGCUCCAGGUGUCUGAAGAAGGUAGAGGUGGGUAAGAAAACGUGGACGUUCUGUGGUACGCUGGGCUACAUGGCACCCGAAAUCAUCUUGAACAAAGGCCACAGUACAUCUGCAGACUUCUGGUCUCUGGGUGUGUUUGUGUUUGAACUUCUGAGUGGUGGGCUCCCAUUCAGCGGCUCUGACCCGAUGAAGAUUCUCGCUGCAACCGUCUGUGGCAUCGAUCAGAUCGACUUCCCAAAACCCAUCAGCAAAAGUGCCUCCAGUCUCAUAAAGAAACUGUGCAGGAGCAAUCCCUCGGAGAGACUGGGCAGUCAGCGAAACGGGGCCAAGGAGAUUCAGAAGCACACAUGGUUUGAAGGAUUCAACUGGGACGGGCUUUGCAAAAGAACAUUAAUCCCCUCGGUUAUUCCAAACGUGAAGCAUCAUUUGGAAUACAGUGCGUGUGGUCUUUAUUCUGAGGACUCGGUGGAGCUGUGUACCGACUGGGACGAUUUCUGACGGAUUUCUGUCGCCAACUUUGAGGAUCAGUCAAGUGUCUAGAUUUAUUUAUAUUUUCAUGGUUAAAAUAGAAGCAUAUUUUCCACAGUGUCCACAGAUAAAUGCUGCCCACUGCCCCAUGUGUGCUUACUUUGGAUGGUUUAAACACAGAGAGCAAAUGCCCUGUCAGUGUAUACACAUAAACAUGACAAAUAAAGCAGAUUUUGAC